AGGCCACGGUCCACGGGUGCUGCGACUGAGCGUCCGCAGUCGCGAUCUUGCGUUCUUUCGCAACGGCGCGUGUUUCGAAAUUAAAAAAAAUAACGUUAGGACGCGUUCAAAAUAUGACGUUCUGAGUGUUGUGUUUUUUUUUCGUGAAAUAGGUCAGUUUAGAGUUUUAAGUUUAUGGUUAUUGUGAGUGUAAGCAAAACCAAAGAUGUCCGAGUCGUCGACUCGGUGUGCGGACGACUCCGAUUCGGGCCCUCGGGACUCGCUCAAUAGUCUUCUUCAAAACUCCGAAGCCGGCAAAAGUGAGUGCUCAGCACAGUGCGAGCCAGAGAAGCGGAGAGCGUACUGCUGCAAUUCCGUAGCGCAGUGUGUUUGGGGAGUCCUGCUACUGAUCAUGUCAAUAGGAGGUCUCCUGUACACGCCCCUAGACCUGAUGCUGUGGGAGAAGCUUAACAUGAGGCCAGGGUUCCCCCCCUACGAAUGGUGGGCAGAUCCCCCGGACGAAGUUAAACUGCGGGCAUACGUAUUCAAUGUGACAAACCACGACCGAUACAUGCGGGGGCUGGAUGACAAACUCAAUGUACAAGAGCUGGGGCCUGUCGUUUACUUAGAGAAACUUCUUCACUCAAACAUUCACUUCAAUGAGAAUAACACGCUAACCUACACAGCGAAGCGAUUCGCCAUCUUCUUGCCCGAUGAGAACGAUAUAGAUUUAAACGCUACUAUCUUCGUACCCAACCUAGCGCUACUGGGCAUAUCCUCCUACCUCUCGACGGCGCCGUACAUUGCGAAGCUACUCUUCCGCGGCAUCGCGUACCAGAGCGACUUCUUCUUAAAGAAGACCAUCUAUGAGUACCUGUGGGAGUACAGGGAACCCAUCCUGGACACUUCGAAGAGUAUAGCGCCGGGGCUGGUGCCAGUUAAUAAUAUGGGGAUGCUGGCCAGGAUCUAUGCAGAUUUUACAGACGAGGUAACAGUAAAGAUAGGCCCUCAGUGGGGCCAUGGACACUUCUUCCAAAUCGACCGGUUCCAUGGCGAGCCGCAGUUGCCUGGUUACGACCCUCAAGAAUGUCCCGACCGCAUCUUCGGCUCAACAGAGGGCGUGAUGUACCAACAACACAUCACCAAGAAAGACAUACUUCUCUACUGGAGGAAGACCGUCUGCAAACUUAUGCCUCUAUAUUUUGACAGUGAACUGACCGUAGACAACGUAUCUGUAUACCGCUUCAACCUGUCAGAGAGCGUGUUCGAGCGGACCAAUGGUACUGACUGCUACAAUACAGAACCACCGCUGCCACCCGGGCUGAGUGACGCCAGCAAAUGCUACUACAAUUUCCCGAUGGUGGUGUCCUUUCCCCAUUUCUACACCGGCGGCCUACCGAAGGACCAUUACGUCACGGGCCUGCAGCCAGACAGAUACAAGCAUAAUUCUUACGCCGUUGUUGAGCCUUUAACCGGCACUCCAUUCCGCUCCGUAGCUCGCAUGCAGAGUAAUCUACACUUGAAAGACCUUUCUGGUUUUUCUGAGGGCUAUAACAAGUUCUCCAACCUGAUAAUACCUCUGUUCUGGGCCGAAUAUAAUCAAGAAGGCUUACCAAAGAGAAUUCAGGGCACGAUUUUUUUUAUGACAGUUAUUCUACCUCCUUUAACAACUGUAGUUUUAACAGCAACUUUAUUAUUAGCAUGUUUUAUUAUAUUUAGACAAAUUUACAUUCACAACUUUAAGAAUGAUAGUUUGAACUCUGUAUUACAACUUCAAUACAACCAAAAUAAGGUUAUAGCUAGUACAAAAUGGUUUGCCAAUGAAAAAGAAGUUUUCCUGAAGUCUUCUAGCUGAGUAAAACCUCUUUUACAUGGUCCAUGGUUUAUUGAUUAAAAUAAUACAUUUGUUUGAUGUAAACGUGUCAUUAGUGUUAACACAAAUAAAAAUCAACGAGUAAAGACUGAAAACCAUACUCGCAUUUACAAUAUUAUAGCAUGAAUUAUGCGCUGUUGUUAUUAUAUGCUAUGAACAUAAAUUCUUCAUUAAGUAUAUAUAUUUUUAUAACUAGGUAUCUAUUCUAUGACAGGAAUAUUUUUUUGGAAUACCUAAUACUUAUACACAAUUUUUUAAAGUUUAUAUAUCCAGGGCUAGUGUUACGCUGUGAUUGUUCCUAAGAUAAGUAAAUAAUUUGCUCACUUCUAGUUUUAAGGUGUAAAUAAAUGAAUAAAAGUGAACCUCAUUUUUUUUUUAUUUUCCCCUAAAUUGUAGCAAUACUCCAAUAUACUGGUAUCAUUAUUGCGUUCUGUUUCUAAACUGCAUUGAAGCAGUCAAAUAUCAGAUACUCUUACUAAAAUAAAACUAAAAACGAGGGCACAUACAGC